AUGAGCGAAGAAAACAUACGGAGAAACGUCAACAUCGCCAUACGAGGAAACAUGAGCGUCGCCAUACGAAGAAACGUCAACGUCGUCAUACGAAGAAAAGUGAACACCGCCAUACGAAGAAACGUCAACAUCACCAUAGGAAGAAACGUGAACGUCGUCAUACGAGGAAACGUGAGCGUCGUCAUACGAAGAAACGUCAACAUCACCCUACGAAGAAACGUCAACAUCGCCAUACGAGGAAACAUGAGCGUCGUCAUACGAAGAAACGUCAACGUCGUCAUACGAAGAAAAGUGAACACCGCCAUACGAAGAAACGUCAACAUCACCAUACGAAGAAACGUGAACGUCGUCAUACGAGGAAACGUAAGCGUCGUCAUACGAAGAAACGUCAACAUCACCCUACGAAGAAACGUCAACAUCACCAUACGAGGAAACAUAAGCGUCGUCAUACGAAGAAACGUGAACGUCGUCAUACGAGAAAACGUGAACACCGCCAUACGAAGAAACAUGAGCGAAGAAAACAUACGAAGAAACGUCAACAUCGCCAUACAGAGGAAACAUGAGCGUCGUCAUACGAAGAAACGUGAACGUCGUCAUACGAGAAAACGUGAACAUCGCCAUACGAAGAAACGUGAACGUCAUCAUACGAGGAAAAGUGAACACCGCCAUACGAAAAAACGUCAACAUCACCAUAUGAAGAAACGUGAACGUCGUCAUACGAAGAAACGUGAACAUCGCCAUACAAAGAAACAUGAGCGAAGAAAACAUACGAAGAAACGUCAACAUCGCCAUACGAGGAAACAUGAGCGUCGUCAUACGAAGAAACAUAAACGUCGUCAUACGAAGAAACAUGAGCGAAGAAAACAUAUGAAGAAACGUGAACGUCGUCGUACGAAGAAAAGUGAACACCGCCAUACGAAGAAACGUCAACAUCACCAUACGAAGAAACGUCAACGUCGUCAUACGAGGAAACGUGAACGUCGUCAUACGAGGAAACGUGAGCAUCGCCAUACGAAGAAACGUGAACGUCGUCAUACAAGGAAACGUGAACGUCGUCAUACGAGGAAAAGUGAACACCGCCAUGUGAAGAAAAGUGAACACCGCCAUACGAAGAAACAUGAGCGAAGAAAACAUACGAAGAAAUGUGGACAUCGCCAUACGAGGAAACAUGAGCGUCGUCAUACGAAGAAACGUGGACAUCAUCAUACGAGGCAUCGUGAACAUUGUCAUAUACGGUAA